CUUAAAACAUGUGUGCCAUGGGCUGAUGUUAAAAUUGUGGUUAUUUUUUUAAUAAUUUUUUUUUUUUAUUUGUGUCAUAAUUUGUUGAUUGUGCGUUUGCGGUUGUUGUCGUUGCGCAUGGUGCAUGGGAGAGAGCGGGCGGUUUUCACGUGGGGACCCGGCGUGUCUCUCCCCAUGCUGGGUUUAAAUGACCCUGCAGCGGGUUCACUCCCUCAGCCUCGCUGGCAAUUUGACAUUAAUUUCCACUGGAUUAUUUUCGACGCGGAAUCCUCCAGCAACCCCAGAGACGCCACUUGGCGAAGUACAUUUUUCAUUUCGAGCCGUUUUACGAGGGAGUUGUGGAAUUUUUGCCCAGAUUUGACGCAGCUGUUCAAUCUGGGCUGGGUUACGCACAUGCGUCCAAUGCAACCGUACGGCGGCUCUAGCGCUGAAGCGGACCUGCGUUCAGAAACUCGUUCAGAAAAUGGGCUUUUCUCAAAUUCCCUUCGCCCAGACUCGUGUUUCCGAGCAGCUGUACUCGGUCUCCACUCGUGUCACUCGAGCCUGUGCGUUCGGCUGCGUUCAACAGUCGCUCAGUGUUGAGGCAGUGGGGGGGAUGUCAUUACAAAAACACUGUUAAUUACCUAAUUUAGCUGGUGUGUGUUUAAGUUUUGGCUCGGGUUACCCAGGCAGUGAUGGGAGAGACGCACCGUCUGCAGACACACACAUACACACAGGCACAGACACACACACGCACACACACACUGCUGCUUUGUUCUCCUGCUAUACAUCCACAUUCCAUUGCACCCCAUAGGAACAGCAUGGGGAUUUCCCCCCCAUCACUAACUGGACUCGUCUCCGUCUCCUCCACCCGCUGCUCUUGUUGUUUUUAAACAUUAAUUCGUUUUUCUGCGUUUUGCAAUGUGAACUUUUGCAUGAUUUUUUUUUUUUUUUAAAUUUUUUUUUGUUGCAGAAAAUCCUGUACACUCCAAAUAUUAACUGUCAUCGUGCAUAAUGACUUUUAAAAGGUCAUUUGUGUUGAUAUAAGCAGUUUAUUUACUUUAGCUGGUGGAGUUUGUGUGUUUGUUGGUGUGUGUGUUCCCUGCAGUGAAGUUUGAACUGCUUGGUCAUAUGUGUGUGAAGCAACACCAGAGGUUUUAUAAGAGGAGGAAGAUAGAGUUCUCUCCCCCCCCCCCCCCAUCUCUUUUCUAUAACAGUGUUGUUUCCCUGUCAUCACAAAGCCUUGCUCCCCUUGUGGGUGUUUCCUCUAACUUUAAGAGAAGGGGAAAAUGUAAAUUGGGGGAAAAGAGGUGUAAAGUUUUUGUGGUCUAGUCUCUCCCAGCUGUUCCUGUGAUGUCAUGGGGUGGGGGUUGUUACUCUUCAGUGAUAUAUGAGCCUCCUCCCAUGGGGCCGUGGGGCGGGGACACUGAUGUAAACACAUUUAAAAGGGGCUCAGUGCCUGUUGGGUCUCAGUGUGGAGGAGCUGCUGCUGAUGUGAUUAACCCUGUUGCUCUCCAGGGGUCUGUGCUGAGCUCCUGGAUUUAAACUCCUCACCUGGUCCACCCCUCUGAUCCUACUUCUCCUGUUUCUUUAUGAUUGUUCUCUCAGAUUCUGCAAACAUGUUGCAAAGCUUCGGUCAGUCGCAGGACUGGCUUUACACAGAGCCGCUGCUCUUUGACGACGAUUUCUGCCAGAGUUUGAUGAAGGACCUCCAGUCUCUGCCGACUCCCCCCCAGUCCCCUCCCAUGAAAGCCGGAGCGGGCAGCAGCAAGCUCCUGUCCAAGGAGGACCAGCUGAGCUAUGUGUCGGACAUCCUGCUGGAGGACCACGACAUGCAGCUCACCUGGAACUGCGACUUCUUCCACUCCGACGCUGGAGAGAAGGAGGGCGAGGGCAGCCAGCCCUGCUCCCCUCUGGAGGAGAACACCGAGGACUGCCUGUGGCAGUGCCUGACAGCAGACAAGAGCCUGGAGGAGAAGCUGGUCUCCACCGUGCUCGGCUCCAGCCCCCUGCUGUCUGAGAUCGACACCAGCAUCUUUGAGGAGAUAGCUGGCUCCACCCUGGACUGCCAGAACCUGAUGGACGCUCAGGAGCCCAGCGAGGCCACAUCGGACUACGGAUCAACUGGUGGCGAGCUGUCCAAUUAUUCAUCCAGUGACUCUGAAGAAGAGAUUGACGUGGUGACGGUCGUCCGCUGUUCCUCCAGCCCCUCCCCUCGCCCCCCCCUGUCGGAUCUAUCCACCCGCCAGCAGAGGCACGAAGAGGAGAAACGGGCUCUUCAGCGCCACCACAUCGAGAUCCAGCUGCAACACAACUACGCGGCGCCCUGCCCCGCCUCACCGCCCCCAUCCUCUUCGUCCAACAAGCGCUCGAGAGGGAGCGAUAGCUCUUCUCGUUUCCACCACUCUUCUCGCAGCUCCUCCUCCUCGUCUUCCUCGUCGCGGUACCAGCACCACCACUCGCCCAGGAACUCAGCGGAGACGGAGGAUGAGGAGGAGCGGCGACGGACUCACAACGUGAUGGAGAGGCAGCGACGCAACGAGCUUAAGAACUGCUUCAUGCGCCUGCGCGACAACGUGCCGGAGCUGUCGCACAAUGACAAGGCCUCCAAGGUGGUGAUCCUGAAGAAGGCCAGAGACUGUAUCUACAACCUGGAGGACCAGGGCCACAGGCUGCAAUCCAAGAGGGACAAACUGAGAGACAAACAGGAAGAGCUAAAAGCCAGGCUGGACAGGCUCCACAGCUAAUGGACCCUGGGCCAACCACCAUGUAUAGACAGUGUGUGUGUGUGGGGAAGGGGGGGGGACAGACUUUGUACAAAGAGGGCGGUGAUAAAGGAUGGCGUGUCAUGCUGAAAGCAGCGCACAAAGUUUGACAUUUCAAAUACUUUAUGGCAACAAUGGGUCCGGACUGUGUGGACUCACUGUUGCCUUGGACAGACGCAACACACUCAUUGCCUCAGAGUUGAUCAUUCUCAUGCCUUGACUGCUGACUGUUGUAGAGCGGAGGACGGGUCUUUCUUUUACAGUCGAGACGAGGACAGAGCAAGCAGAUAUUUUAUUUUUUUAAGUGUGGCAGGACGCACGUUGAAAUGCAAAGACGAAAUCUUUUUCUAAUUGUGUCCGUAUGUUGUGGAGUGUUUUUUACUUUGGCAGGUGUAAGAUGGCACAAGUGAUAAGUGUCUGUUGGGUCAAAUAACUGGAAGCCACAGCAGCUGAGUAGUCGAAUGAAACUUGAAUAUUGUGUUUUCAGGAUGUCUUAUAGCCAUACUAACCAGUUAUCCCUCCACUCUGACCAGUGUGUGUGUGUGUGUGUUGGUGGCUCCGGAGUUAUUUGGUCGACCGGCACUUCCACUUAAAUUCCAGUUCCAAUGCUAAUUCAAUUGAUCCGUUCAGGACUGAGGUUGUUCAUUGUGCGUUCAGCCCCGUGUGGCCUCAGGCAGGACCCUCGGGCCCAGCACCACUCUGUUAUCAGGUUAAUGUGUGUUAAUGACAAUACUUGAUUCUGUAAACAUAACAAUGCAUCGGUUCAGUUCCCCAACAGUUCACUCACCUCAGAGUGUGCGUGUGUGUCUGUGUGUGUUCUCUCAAAAUGGAACUAGGUUUUUUGUAUUUAACUGUUUGUCUGUAAUGAAUUGUUCAGACUUGGACUUAGCCAUAUUUAAACUUCAUUCAGGUUUUGAGGCGGCUGAACUGGGACGUGAACUGAACCGCGAGUCGUAGCAAGUUAGCAAAAGUCGGGACAGAACAGCUCUGGAGAACCUUUAGAUUAUUUAACGGUUCUGAUUGGGGGGGGACGCUGCAACAGCGGCAUCACUGUGACAUUUAGUUGUGUAGGGUAGCCAUUUUGCCAAGUGUGAGGUAAUAGAAAACGGUCAAGAUUUUUUUUAUUAUGAAACAACCGUUAUCCAGUGGAAAUGGCUUCAGGGUUCUUCUGUGGCCCUCGUUGAUGACAACUGCUGGAAAUUAAACAUAUUUUUAGAUUGUGUCUCCAUCUGUGAUCAUGAGAAUAACAAGGUUGACGGGGAAAGAGAUUUUUCUGUCCACUGCAAAGACCUCAUUUGAAUCCUGUGUGACAUCAUCAACGGGGGGGGGGCCACUGACUUUGACCAACAUUCCCCUGUUGUUCGAGUUUGGACGGCGUUCCACUUUGUGCCCAGUCAGACGUGGCUUUGAUCACAUGGUAAAAACCAAACUGCUGCUGACAGAGUAAUGAUGUCAGGAGGUAAAAACAUUAAACUUAAGGCUGUACGUGUUCACCAGGAACCUGUUGUAUCUGUUUUUAAUAUCGGGUGUUUUGUUGAACUUGUACCAUGGGCUGGAUCUGAGGUUUGAAAAUUUUCAAUAAUGGGGUUGAGUAUUUAACGGAAUGCCAUUUGUUAUCCUGAAUAUCUAUUAUUGCCAAUGUUAUCAAUGAACGUGCUGUUUUGUUAUGAAAUGCGCAGAUGGAAAAGUGUUUUGCUCAUUUGUGUCAAAUGUCUUAAGAUGCAUCCUGUUUUUAAGAAUAGAGUUCUUCCUCCUUCAGCUUGGUAGAACUGAUGAGAAAAGAGGGCGUUCCUUCAGGCCCCUCUGUUUCUGUGAUUUGAUUCUGUCGCUGUCUGGUUAAAGAUUUGUCUACCUCCACCUCAUGGCUUCGCCUUCUUGGCCUUUUCUUCCAAAUGUCUCCAAUCCUCUUUCAAAAGAUGUCCUCUGACGAUAACUGCCUUCUGAAGAAGCGUCGAGGUUUUAACAAGACAGCAGAUAUAUGUUUUCUUAGCAUCUAUAAACCUACCUCCACCUGGCCGCACUCUGGCCUGUAUUGUGGUUAUUUUUUUUUGUGGUUUAAAUAUUGUACAGAUUUUGUUAAAUAAAAACUAUUUUAUGUAAAUAUUUUUGUUGUAUCAUAAAUUAUUUUGGUUUAUUUUUCCCUUUUUAUUUUUUAAUUUGAGGAUCCUCAAAGAAAUGUUAUGUUCUUUACCAAGCAGCACUUUUAAAAAAUGUAAUUAAAGAAUGAAUUGAGAGUUCAA